AUGGAAUCUCCUGUCUUGGAGGACUACUUCGGCAAACAAUGGACGUUGACUAUCAAGGCAUGUUCGGAACGUAUGGAGCCAUACGAUCGCGGGAUCAUAAGGAGCUUCCGCACCUAUCAGGACAUACAAGAGCAUGUUUUUGCGGAACAAGAUGAAGAAGCAUCAGAAGCCGCAUUGCAUGAGCUGGCAAUGCUGCAGCCGCGACUGAUCGAUCUGAAAAAUUUCAGUGAAUUCUUCUCCACACAGCUUUUCUCGACUCUGGACACAGGUAUCUUCUGGGGUUUGCUUGGCUUACUACUUACAUUGGCUUUACAGCACGACGACACUAUGCGACGAAUUGUCCAGAUGCUCAAGAAACAAGGCAGAAACCGCCAUGAUUUCAUCCUUCACUGUAGGAAGAGUCCCGCUGUUACUAAGGAGGACAAAGAGUCUUCUUUUGACAUAUUCCUGCGGAUCGUCACGUUCCUCGCGGAUGCUGUGCAACUCUUACGCAAGGCAGAGGAUGAUCUCUCAGAUUAUCCGUCAACAUGGUCUCAACUAACCGAAAAGUUUGCAACAGCGGUCGAGGAUAUCUUCGAUAUCCUCAAUCGGAUUGAAAGAGUCGCUACAAUAUACCAGAGACAGUACCAGGGCGAUCUGAGCUCAUGGCUUUCAUAUCUUUCUCUCUCGCCUCACGUGUCCCGUGAUACCACUCAGCUCCCUUGCUAUGUGCUCCCGCCUAUACGGACAACCAGAUUCUUUGACCGCAAUGAUGUGAUUGAGAAGAUCGAUGGUCACUUCAGAGAUAGUGACUCAACUGCGCCGCUACGCUCGCUGGCACUCUAUGGCAUGGGAGGGGUUGGGAAGAGCCACGUCGCCAUGAAAUACCUAGAAAAGAAUCUAGCGACUAAGGAAUACAAUGCUAUGUUCUGGGUCAAAGCUAAAAGUUCCGUUUCUAUCCAGCAGAGUUUUACAGAGAUUGCCCUUAGGCUGAAACUACCUGAUACUAGAUCAGCCACUCACGAUGAGAACCGCAUGAUUUUGAAAGGCUGGCUCCAGCAGACCACGUGUAAAUGGAUGGUCAUCUAUGAUAAUGCAGAGACAUCAGAGCUCCUUCGGGACUAUUUGCCUUUGAGUGGGAGUACUGGCCGGAUCCUGAUUACAACGAGAAAUCAUUCGCUUGGUUUUGAUCCAGCAGAUGCUGGGCUUGAGGUCCUCCCUUGGGACACGGCUACCGGCUCCAGAUUCUUGUUACAUCUCCUCGCAGGACAAAUCAGUGCAGAACUUCUGGCAAAUGAAACAGACUCCGCAUACAGCCUGUCUGAGAAGUUAAGUGGCCAUGCAUUAGCGCUAUCCAACAUGUGUGGCCUGAUCCACCGUCCCUCAUGGUCCAUAUCAGAGCUCGUUGAGGUCGGGCUCUCCUUCGAGAGCCUUCAGCCUGAUUGUGCUGCACUUUUAUCGGUGUUCACAUUUUGUGCACCAGAUAGCAUUCCGCAAUCUUUAUUCGAAACAGAUGAAAGGACAGAAAAUCUUACGGAUGGCAUGCUUCGGUAUCUUGAUCCUGAUCGGCUGAGUGCAAACACGGAAGAACUCUAUCUUCUUAAAACGCAGAACUGGCGCGAGCUCGAGGAUCUCGUGUCUGUCAACAAGAUAGCAAUGCAGACGCUUCCACAGCCUGAUAAGGAGAUAUACCUCCUCUCGUCUACUGAAAUUCAUGUCGCGUCAAUGUGGGCCUUCUGGGGACAGUUCAAGCUGGCCCUGAAUAGCUUGCUUACAGCGCACAGCCUAAAGCAAGCCGAAAAUCCUGUGACCUUCCCAACACGCCAGCAAGAAGCAAAACGAAAAGACACUGAGAGAUUCUUCGAGGACAUAAGGACUAGGGUCUUGAAUAAGGGUACUCACCCUGCGAAGUACGCUCGAUGCCGGUUUAAGCUAUCUGAGGCACUGCGUCAAGCUCACGGACAGGAGGCCGAAGCUGAUCUUGAGCUUGCGAAUGCCAAAGCUUCAUACUUCGAAAUCGUUAGCAAGACGUUUACGACAUCUGAUGGGCCAGCAGACUCUUCUGUAAAAUCGUUGGACCAGGUGCAUGAGAAGGACUUUGAUUCCCUUAUACAUAUUAGCCAACGAUAG